AUGAUCGGAGUGGAGUCUGGUCGCAAAGAAAGCAGUAUCCAGUUAGACGGAAAAUUCACAUACAGUUUAGCCUAUAGUCCGGACGGAACCCGGCUGGCCGCGGGUGCAAUCAACGGUAUUGUCAGUAUUUGUGAUCUGCAAACUGGCAAUAUACGACCAUUGGAUGGACACGCAAUGCCAGUUCGAGCCCUAGCCUUCUCUCCAGACGGACAGCUGUUAGCUUCCACCUCAGAUGACAAACAGAUCAAAGUUUUUGACGUGUAA